UGAACUGCAGGCAAUCUACAACUCGCCUCCAACGUACACAUUUUCUACCCUCCUCUUCCGUUCUAAUCUUUAGUUGUUUGCUUGGAGCCCUCCGGACUCCAUACCUUACCCCGAACGUCCCCCACCUUUGUGUCGCUGAAAUCGUGAAGCCCAGCCACGCGACCGGCCCGCGACUGCCUUGUGACAUGCCCAAGAAACGACAUCAUCAAGCCAAGUACUCCAAGCCACAGUCCACGGCUCCAGCUUCUCUUGGGUCCACGAGAUCGACUCAGGCCGGUAAUGCCGAGUUCCGAACCUCUGCUGUCCACUCUUCUGUAGCUUUUUGUUCCCUGUAGCUAAUGUCACCCCGUAUAGAUGGACAGCCGAAAGGGGUCAACGAACUGUUGGCCGACUUACGUCGGGCAUCUCUAGUCUCGUCUAACCAUCCAUACUCUGUCACCUCGCCCGUCUCUUAUUCAUCCAUUGUGUCCACGGCAUCAUCCAGCGCACAGCCCGCGACUCUUCCUCCGGCCCUCCGGCAGAUCCUCCAAAUCCCUGAGACACCUCCCCCUCCACCUCGGAGACCCGUGCGAGUAGAUGACCAUGGAAGGAGGUUGCCCCCUGGGCCGCGCCCACCUCGCAGCUGGUUAGAAAGACGUGACAAUGUUCUUCGACCGGGGAGGCGGAGCAAACGCGACCAUGAACGCCAUCUCAACUUCCACAAGAUACCUGGGACUUACUCACCGGAUCAGGGCUCUCUAAUGGACAAGCUGCUGCGGAAGAUGGUAAGCGACUGGGAUUUUCAAAGUGUCUACAAUCGAUACUACCUACCGUCACUACACAGCCGCGUGCGGUCGUUGUUGAUUGAGUAUCUGAGUCUUGGGGGUGAUCGAGGUGUCACUGUUGCUGAUCUGAGAAGCAUCCUACUACCCGCGGGGUUGGUUGACGACGAGGAUGCCCAUGCCAACAAUGCGGAUGUUCACGCCGAUGCUCAUACUCAAUCACAGAUUCCCGGCGCGGAGAAAUUUCCCGAUGCCGAAAUCAUUGCCUCUUUAAACAGAGACGUCUAUUUCCUCGAUCUGUCAGGUUCACUUGGCCGGUCCAUAACCGUCAAAGAACUCACAAACACUCUCUUCCCCCCAGCGUUACAAUCCUCUUCAGAAACCGUCCAGGACUCAUGGGACGUUGCAGUUCUCCCGUCCCUUCCCCAACAACUCCUUCCUAAUCUUUCCCAUCUCUCCCUCGCGGUUAGCCCGUCAGAAUCUCCCACAGUAUCGUGGAAACAGCUCCUCGCCCUGGCUGGCAAGCUUCCCACCUUAACGCACCUGAGCCUAGCCUACUGGCCAGAACCCAGUCUGACGCCUAACGCAAAGUUCACUACGGUCGUGGGUAACCAGGGACGGUCCUAUCAGUACGGAGGGACUGGUCCCUACUCGCACAGCCUCGACGACGACUGGAUUGAGGCCAUCAUAUUGCUGCGCAAGCUCAGCAAGAGUUUGUACAGGCUCGAAUAUCUCGAUCUCACCGGUUGCGGGACCUGGUUCGGUGCUCUCAUGCAGAAUAGUCAGGGCACCCAGGUCGAUUGGACGACCGACUGGGGCAAGAUACAGACCCUUCGGCUACGGUACGGGUUCGGCAUCAGCGAGGACACACCCCUGGCCGACGGGAAUGAACUAGCCCGGGUUAGGUCGACGGCGAUGCAGAUCGAGAAGCAUAUCGUGGGGCAGAGAGCAGGCAAAGGACGGUUCAUCCACGUAGAUAGAGAUGUUGCAUAAUUGUGACACCAUAUAUUUAUAUCAAAUAGGUGUCACGGGUCGCAAUAUAUGAAAAUCGAGGGAAGACGUUUCAGGAACCAGGGAUGUCUUCACCGUAAUUCAUCGUCGUACAAGUCGUUCACCUGAUCUUAUUCCUAGUACAUCCGUGCCGCGAUUGACAUUAUGGGCUGAAGCCCUGGAGAAGAUUUUGCAGGAUGAGGAUUUGGCCAGGUUUUCCAAGGAGGCUAACAGAAUUGCCAGGCUUGA